AUGUCGAUUUCCAGCAAAGUGCUACGUGAUGAAAGACAAAGACAAAAGAAAGCAAAACAAAACACAAAGUGGUGGAAGUGUACGAACAAGUGGAACAAGUCUUCUUCUACUCCGUCUUGUGCGUUAUCUUUAUUACCAGAUGAUAUCCUUCUGAAUUGCUUAGCCAGUGUCUCAAAAUCUGACCACGCUUCCUUAUCUCUUGUCAACAAGUGGCUACGCUCUUUAACGCUUUCCCCUGACCUCUACCAUGUCAGAUCACUAACGGGUUGCACCGAGAAUUGUAUCUUCCUAUGUCUAAGCAUCCCUUCAGACCCGUUUGUACGCUGGUUCGCCUUCUAUCCGAAAAACCUAAAUAGUCCUGGUCGGUUGGUUGCAAUCCGGCCACACUUGUAUCAGCCUGAGGAAGGAUCUUCCGUGGUGGCUCAUGGCUCGGGGAUCUAUAUAAUCGGUGGGAUGAUUGGCGGGAAACGAUCCUCGAGGUUUUUUUUCCUUGAUGGGAGGUUUCAUACGUGGAGUAACCUCCCCUGCAUGGGGGAAGAUCGAGCGUUUGCGGUUGCGGGCGUGGUUGACGGGAAGAUAUACGUUUUCGGAGGGUGUGAGGAUCCGAAUUCGGAUAAAUGGGGCGAGGUUUUCGAUAUAGAGAAGCAGACUUGGGAUGUUCUGCCAAAGCGGACUAAGGAAACGUAUUCUCCGGUAAUGCAUGAAAGCUUUGUGUGGAAGGAUAAGUAUGUAUUUUCUUUGAAUGAGAAAGGCGAUGGUUUGCUCUACAAUCCGAGUGAAGGCGUAUGGAGAAAAGGGAAGUCGGAUGCUUAUAGACCUAGAAAGGGUUGGCAUGUGAUAAACAAUGUCAUUUACUGUUGUGAAACUGGUGGGAAGAUACUGUGGUGUCAGGCAAGUACUUCUAAAGUAAUGAAGUGGAAGCAGGUGAUGGGCUUGGAGGGUCUAAAGGACACUCUCUGUGCCUCCAAACUUGUCAACUAUGGUUGGGGAUUGCCGGAAGAGAAACUUGAUGAUUUGCUUCCCGGUCAUAAACUUAGCAACUCUGGUCCUAACAUGUUACUCUUCUGGGACGUGCUUGCUCCUAAGAAGUUGGAGAUUUGGUGUGCGGAGAUAUCUUUACGAUGGUGCAAAGCGAAAGGCGAGAUUGAGAUUUGGGGGAAGGUUGAGUGGUCUGAAGUAGUCAUGACGCUCGAUCCUCCUUGUCCUCUACUUCAGCAUCAGCAUCACUGUAAGAUUUUGCAUUCUGUAACCCUCAAUCUCUGA